CCUGAGGGGGCUAAAUGUUAGCGGAAGCUGUGUAGUAAAAGCGGCUUUUGGAAUGGAAACGGCUGAGGAGCCCGGGGGGCCGACUGAGCCAGCGGAUGUCGCGCACGGCCUGGAAAACUUGCCUGUGAGCGCGUGGCCCCCGAAGUCGGAGCCGGCGCCCUUUCAGUAUACUCCUGAUCAUGUCAUCGGACCUGGAGCAGACAUGGAUCCCACUCAAAUAACCUUUCCUGGAUGCAUUUGUCUCAAAACUCCCUGCCUGCCUGGUACUUGCACCUGUCUCCGGCAUGAAAAGAACUAUGAUGAUAAUUCAUGUCUCAGAGAUAUAGGAUUGGAAGUCAAAUAUACCCAGCCAGUUUUUGAAUGCAACAUCAUGUGCCAGUGCAGUGACCAGUGCAAAAAUAGAGUGGUCCAGAGGGGUCUGCAGCUCCAACUCCAGGUAUUCAAGACGGAUAAAAAAGGCUGGGGACUUCGUACCUUGGAAUUUAUACCAAGAGGAAAGUUUGUCUGUGAAUAUGCUGGUGAGGUUUUAGGAUUCUCUGAAGUGCAGAGAAGAAUUCAAUUACAAACAAUACAUGAUUCAAAUUAUAUUAUAGCCAUCAGGGAACAUGUAUAUAAUGGACAGGUAAUGGAAACAUUUGUUGAUCCUACUUAUAGAGGAAAUAUUGGAAGAUUCCUUAACCAUUCUUGUGAACCAAACCUGUUGAUGAUUCCCGUCCGAAUUGACUCCAUGGUACCUAAGUUGGCACUUUUUGCAGCCAGAGACAUUUUGCCAAAAGAAGAACUCUCUUAUGACUAUUCAGGAAGAUUUCUUAAUCUAACGGACAGUGAAGACAGAGAAAGACUAGAUAAAGAGAAACUAAGAAAACCUUGCUACUGCGGUGCCAAAUCAUGUACUGCUUUUCUGCCUUAUGACAGUUCACUGUACCGUCCCUUAGACAAGCUAAACAUUAGUUAGGAGAAACAUGUCUGCCCUUUCUCAGUAGGUAAGAAUGAGAAAGAACCGAAUGUGUGUGGCUCAGCCCCUUCUGGGUUCUCCUUCUUACCAGUAACUUAUCCUGUAGUCUCUGCUCUGUGUAAACAGCUUGCCUCUCCAUAUAGGGGAGGCCAGUGUUUGUCUAGUUCUGCCUCUGCCAGCUGCUGCAUAAACUUCACUCACCAAUAUGGCAGAUAUUACAAGUUGUCCAUCAAUAUCCUUUCUUUACUUUUAUAAUAGAAUUCUUGGUUUUUAAAUGAAUAAAUGACUGCCCAGGAUACUCACUUUCCUACUUAGAUAUGGCUAGGUGACUGUGCUCUAGCUAAUGGCAUUAAGCAAAAAUGGUGUGUGCCUAAAUAGAGACAUCCUGCCCUUCUCCCCCUCUUUCUUCCUUUUGACUGGAAUGUAUACAUGAUGGCUAGAGCUGGAGCAGACAUCCUAGACCCCAAGAUGAUCCUGGGAAACGAAGCCAUGCAUAGUAAAUCACGACAGAAAGGAGACUGGGUGCCCAGUACUGCGGAAUAAUCUUACCAGUCAGGAACUGUCACCCCUGGGCUUUGAGGUAUGAAAUAAUCUCUCCCUUGUUUAAACCACUCACACUGAAUCAAAUCAUAAUGAUCCAAGGCAAACCCUUGUAUAUAUAACUAAGCCUUCUCUUCUAAUCACGUUUAUUAGUAAUAAAGUUUAUAUUUUUACUUCUAUCUGUCCUGUACCUUAUAUCUCCUUUGUUUCCAAACUUGGAGCAAAUGAAAAAAGGCGUGAUUAAUUAUCACCAAUAGUGAAAAAUAUAACUAUGAAAUUAUUUCCAUGUAUAUAACCAAAAGUCAUAAAGGAAACACAUUGUAAAACUUUCACUAUAUCCUUGGCUACACUACAAAGCUAGUGCAGUUAUGCUCCAAAACUUCAAACAGCCUCACAUGUUCAUGUAUUAAUAGUGUGAAAAAACCCUGCCAAGACUCCAGAAGAUAAGAGUUUUAUAAUUCACAUUUCAACUUCUUGAGACAUAAACAUCUUCAGUUUGCUUCCUUAAGGCAAGAAUAUUACAAAAACAAAGUUACUGUAAAGGUUUUUGGGCAUGUUUAAAGUUAAUUAUUUUGGCAGCUAUAGUGUUGUCUAAUAAAAUUUCUCUAGUAUACUGUUUUAGUUUCCUUGUUGCUGAAGCAAAUACCACGCAAUGGAUUGGCCUAAACAAUGGGAAUUUAUUGGCUCAUGGUUUGAGGCUAGAAGAAAUCCAAAACUGAGGCAUCAGUAAGGUGAUGCUUUCUUCCUGAAACUGGUGUUCUGGGGUCAGCUGCUGGUGCCUUGGUCCUUGGCUUUUGUAUCACAUGGCAAUGUGCAUGGCAGUGUCUUUGGUAAUUCAAAUGGUGGCCUCUCUUGGCUUCUUACUCUUCUGGGUUCUGAUGACUUUUGACUUCUUGUUUGCUAUGGCUUUCUGUAUGUCUGAAUUUCAUUCUACUUACAGAGGAUUCCAAUAAUAGGAUUAAGACUCAUCUUGAUUGAUGUGGGCCACACCUUAACUGAAAUAACCUCAUCAAAAGGUCCUGCUUAUAAUGGAUUUAUAUACUCACAGGAAUGGAUUAAGCUUAAGAAUGUGUUUUCUGCUGUACAUAGCUCCAAACUACCAUGUACACUAAAAUCUAUCACCAGGAUUUCAAAGAAUUACAGCCCUACACUAUAAAAGUUACAUCAUAAAGACCCAUAUUAUACCUAACACUCUAUUCAUGUAUGAUACCAUAACUAUGUUAGUUAUAUACUCUAUAUGAGUAAAAUGUAAAUAUGUACAUUAUAUCUCAAUAAAGGUGUUUUAAAAAAUAAGUAUGUUAGGGUUUACAUGUUCACAUAAUAUUAUCAGGAAUGGUUCAUGUGAACAGAAGAUACUUGAGUGCUCACAAAAUGCCCCAAACUACAAAUGUGUAAUGUCUGAACUUAUUACAAAGCUACAGUAAUCAAAACAGCAUGGUAUGGGCCCAAGGACAGAUAGAUCAACCAAUGGAAUCAAAUUGAGAGUUCAGAAAUAAACCUUCACGUCUAUGGCCAAUUGAUUUUUGACUGGAGUGCCAAGUCCACUCAAUGGGGAAAGAAUAUCUUCAAAAAUGGUGCCAGGAAAACUGGAUAUCCAUAGGCAGAAGAAUGAGAAUGAACCUCUACCUUACACUA